AUGCGAUCCGGAGUCCUAAUCACGGCCACCCUCCCCGUCACCAGCGUCUCUACCCGGCGAACACCCGGUGUGCUCGGAUGGCACCAGGCCGAGACUGUGCUAGUACUUGGCCAAGCUGACGGGCAUCUCGACUUUGAACGCAUGGCGGCGAUCACUUUUUGCAGUGAUGAGAGUGUGCUCCAACGUGACACUACUUAUACAAUCACUGGACAAUUCGGUCAAGAUCCAACUACCAAAAGGCCGAUGCUUCGACACAAUGCAAUGAGUCAGGUCGACGUCGGACCCUUUGCAUCUUCACUCGACAACCUCGCAGGUAGAGCACACCUGAGCGCUAUUGGUCAAGUCAAGUCUGUACACUUCGAGGAGGGCACGAGAAUGGGCAUGCCCUGGAACGCAGUCGUUGUCGUGAAACAUGACUAUGUUGAUCCUCUAACCGCCGGGCCACGGCAGAACCACUUUCGACAUUACACUCCCCUCCCCUCGUACUGGGGCGAACUGGACGUUGGUGUCACUGUGUGCAUCAAUGCGAGUCUCAUCGGGAAGGACAAAGAGACAUCUAGUUUCGUUGCCCAGGCAGUUGCAUACCUGUGGUUUAAACGUCACGCUGCGACCUCGGCUUCGAGUGCUCGCCCUCAAUCAGUGCUGUUUAGACAUUGGCUCAAUGAGCCACUUGGUUACCGCGCCCAGCCCUAG